GUGAAGAGAGUGGGUUAUUGAUAGCGGUGCCAUGGCACAGGCGUUGUCAUGCGUGUGUUGAGAUGAUUUGGGAUUAGGAAUCAUACAGUAUGCUUCAUUCUCUCAGGGUUUUGUUAGUUCUGCUGUUAAUUCAGCUACAGUCUUCUUUUGAAAGCACGAAGGGCUCCAGUGUAGAUGAUGGUGAAUGGGCAGUGGAUUUCAGUAUGGGUGAUGAAGGCGAAUGCAACAUUGAGAUCAGAGAUGUGAACUCCAUAACCUACACUGAGUUUAUUAAAGAGUAUGCCUACACAAAACCAGUGAUACUCAGAGGGCUCACAGAUAAUAGCAAUUUCCGUUUCCUGUGUUCCAAAUCCAAUCUGCUGAAAGAGUACGGAGAGAAAACAGUCCGUCUCAGCACAGCAAACACACACUCGUACAAUAAAGUGGAUGUGCAGUUUGAAGAAUUUGUGAAGUUUCUGUUGACCCCUCAGUCUGAAGAUGCUCUUGGCAGUGGUUUUGGAGUAUACACACACUUCAUUAAAAACACAACCUCCGCUACAGGACCAGGUACCGGCGUCCCAUUUCAUUGGCACGGUCCCGGCUUCUCCGAAGUUAUAUAUGGCAGGAAGCGUUGGUUCCUGUACCCCCCAGACCAGGCACCAGAGUUCCAACCCAACCACACUACUUUGUCAUGGGUCUCUUUUUCAUAUCCGAAUCUGGAGCUCCAUCAGAUGCCAGUGGAGUGCACCAUACGACCCGGAGAGGUGCUGUAUUUUCCAGAUCGCUGGUGGCAUGCAACACUAAACCUGGACACCAGCGUCUUUAUUUCAACUUUCCUGGGUUGAUGUGAUGACACACACACACACCAUCAGUUUUUACUUGAAGGACCAAUCAGAACAUUCCUCUGCCUUAUACGGACCAAUGCAAUGACUCCAAGCUUGAUCUUUUUAUUUACAUUGAUGAACACUUUUAAUAAGAACAUGGAACUUUUAUUAAUAAUUUUUACAAAUAAAUUUGUGUUUUAAAAACAUGAAAUUUCUGUAUUUUGGAAUUUGUGUGUGGUUUGAAAGUAGCUCUGCUUGGUUCAGGAAAUUUGACUUUUUUUCAGAUUAUACUGUAUAGCAGUGGUCACCAACCCUGUUCCUGGAGAUCGACCGUCCUGCAGACUGCAUCUCCAACCCUGCUUCAGCACACCUGUCUGU